AUGGCGAGUCACCGUCUCAAUGCGCCAAAGAGAUACGUCCAAAACGAUACCUUUUCACUAUCGUCGAGCGAUGACCGACUGCCACCCCAAUCACGCGCAGCGGCCAGAAUGAGCGUGACUGUAAACGGCUGCUGUGAAAAUCCACAAGGAUGGCGUGCUCUGGCUGACGACGGGCAAGCGCGAAAGGCUUGGGAGGAGGUGUGGAAGGAGUAUUGGGUUCUGGAGGAGACGACGUUUCGAGUUGGAUCGGAGGCGGAGAUGAACGCUGGAGACAAGGUAGAUUUAACCAGUAGGAAGAGGGAGAAGGAAUGA